GGGUACAACACCAUGGCUUUCAGACUAGUAACUCUGUGGAUUGUCGUCCUGAGCUUGACUUACUCAAAAGUCACACCAGCCAACGGCGUGGGAUAUCAGCUGGAGAUCAAUCACCCAGAUGGAUCGGCUUUUCGACGGGAAUCGGUAAUCGAAGAUACUGAGGGAAAUGCAGAGCUCGAUGGGGAGAUUCAGCAAAAGUUCCCUACGCCGCAUGAAGGUUGGUUACUGCUCUCCUACAAAAUCGGAUCCAAAGGAUACAACGUACAAUAUUCCUACAAGGCGGGCAUUGACAUUUCCGUAGUGCCUAUGGUGGCUAAAAACGAAACAUUAUCUAUAAAAAGAAUAGGAGUAAUCGCUCUGAAGUCGUCAGCAGGUUGAAUAGUAUUUGUGUAUUAAAUAUUGUCAAUAAAAAAAAUAUAAUGAGUAAAUACCGUAAGUUCGACUUAGUUCG